GCUAGCUCCGCCCAAUGCGCCUUUUUUCCUGCCCCCGGCUCUUUCACUCUUAGUCCCAUCCCGGCGGCCUUUGCGUGAGCAAAAUGGCAGCCCCCUUGCCGCGGGGUUUGUCUUGCUUAUCCAGGGCUUUAGGAUGGUGGUCUUGGCAGCCAGUCCUGGUGACUCAGUCAACAACAGUAGUUCCAGUGAGAACCAAAAAACGUUUCACACCCCCUGCUUAUAAACCCAAAUACAAAUCAGAAAAGGAGUUUAUAAAAUAUGCACGGAAAGCAGGACUGGUGAUUCCUCCCGAACGUUUGGAGCGUCCUAUACAUCUGGCCUGUACAGCUGGUAUCUUUGACGCCUAUGUUCCUCCUGAGGGUGAUGCCCGAAUAUCAUCUCUUUCUAAGGAAGGACUGGCACAGAGAACUGAGCGGUUAAAGAAGAAUGUGGCAUCGCAAUUGUCAAUCCGGAAGAUAAAAGAAAGUGAUCCUAAUUUUAAAAUAAAGGACUUCCCUGAAAAAGCCAAGGAUAUCUUCAUUGAAGCUCACUUGUGUUUAAACAACUCAGACCAUGAUCGACUUCAUACUUUGGUAACUGAAAACUGUUUUCCGGACAUGGUCUGGGACAUCAAAUAUAAGACUGUCCGCUGGAGCUUCGUAGAGUCUUUAGAGCCACCCCAGGUGGUACAGGUUCGCUGUUCAAAUCUGCUGAACCAGGGCAACGCGUAUGGCCAGAUCACUGUCCGCAUGCACACCCGGCAGACUCUGGCCAUCUAUGACCGGUUUGGCCGGUUGAUGUAUGGACAGGAAGAUGUGCCCAGGGAUGUCCUGGAGUAUGUUGUCUUUGAAAAGCACCUGGUGAACCCCUAUGGGAGCUGGAGAAUGCAUGGCAAGAUCAUUCCCCCAUGGGCACCGCCUAAGCAGCCCAUCCUUCAGACGGUGAUGAUCCCUGGCCCCCAGCUGAAACCCUGGGAAGAGUAUGAAGAUCCACAGGGAGAGGCCUGUAAGCCUCAGCUAGCCUGAUGGCAAAAAUGACUCCGGGGGUGAAGCGUGGGUGGUCAGGUGGCUGGAAGCUGUGAAGUCUGGGAGUCUGGGAGCUGUGAAAUCAUGCAUCUUCCUCAUGCUCUAGGAAGAACUGCCUUUGUUCUCUCUUGACCUGCUUGGGUCUUUUUAGCAGUCUUGUCCUCAAUAACCACUGCUGGUGGCUGGGCCCUGGUGGGUGGCUGCUAUGCACAGCCAUGGACCCACUUCUUUUUUAAAUCUUAUAUCUAGUUUCUGAGUCCAGAUAAAAGACAGCAUGUUUCAGAGAAUAUCUGAUAGCUUUUCCCACAGCAAGAAGUGUUGGGAGCAAACUGGUAGAACUUUCUUUAUAAUUACAGGGCAGGGAUUAGAGUUUGAAAUAAAGCUCUGUGGGGUGUUGGACCAAU